AUGACGAGAACAAGCUUCAACAAGUUGGCUACCCGGCCGCCCUUCUAUGAAGUUGCCCUCCAUACCUCAGUCCUGUGGGUUGGAAAUGAAGAUACAGACCUCCAUUUUGCCUGCAAGAAGGGUGACCUGAACCGGCUCAGACACAUCUUAUCGAAGAGUCUGGUAGACCUCAACAGAAGGGGCCAGUGCGGGAGGACACCCGUGAUGAUGGCAGCGGAGGAGGGACAUAGACAAGUGUUUGACUUACUUGUGAAAGAAGGGGCUGAUGUAUCAUUAAUGGAUGAUAACAGACACAACAUCCUUCAUGUGGCCUGUCUUGGAGGACAUGUGGACAUGGUGAAGAAUGUCCUCUCACGGAAGGUUGCAGACAUCAACAGUAGGGGGAAGUACGGGAGGACACCCCUGAUGGUGGCAGCAGAGAAUGGACACAGACAAGUGUUUGACUUACUUGUGAGAGAAGGAGAUGAUGUAUCAUUAGAGGAUGAUGAUGGAGACAACAUCCUUCAUGUGGCCUGUCUUGGAGGACAUGUGGACAUGGUGAAGUAUGUCCUCUCACUGAAGGUUGCAGACAUCAACAGUAGGGGCCAUUACGGGAUGACACCCCUGAUGGUGGCAGCAGUGAAUGGACACAGACAAGUGUUUGACUUACUUGUAACACGAGGAGCUGGUGUAUCAUUAGUGGAUGAUGGCAGAAACAACAUCCUUCAUGUGGCCUGUCUUGGAGGACAUGUAGACAUGGUGAAGUAUGUGCUCUCACAGAAGGUUACAGACAUCAACAGUAGGGGUCCAUACGGGCGGACACCCCUGAUGGUGGCAGCAGUGAAUGGACAUAGACAAGUGUUUGACUUACUUGUGACACAAGGAGCUGAUGUAUCAUUAGAGGAUGAUGGCAGAAACAACAUCCUUCAUGUGGCCUGUCUUGGAGGACAUGUAGACAUGGUGAAGUAUGUCCUCUCACAGAAGACUGCAGACAUCAACAGUAGGGGGCAGUACGGGCGGACACUCCUGAUGUUGGCAGUCAGCGCGGGACACAGACAAGUUUUUGACUUACUUGUGAGAGAAGGAGCUGAUGUAUCAUUAGAGGAUGAUGACGGAGACAACAUCCUUCAUAUGGCCUGUCUUGGAGGGCAUGUACACAUGGUGAAGUAUGUCCUCACACAGAAGGUUGCAUUCAUCAACGGUAGGGGACAGCACGGGAGGACACCCAUGAUGAUAGCAGCAGAGAAUGGACACAGACAAGUUUUUGACUUACUUGUGACAGAAGGAGCUGAUGUAUACUUACUGGAUAGUGACGGAGACAACAUCCUUCAUGUGGCCUGUCUUGGAGGACAUGUGGACAUGGUGAAGUAUGUCCUCUCACAGAAGAUUGCAGACAUCAACAGUAGGGGGCAGUACGGGGAGACACCCCUCAUGAAGGCAGCAGAGAAGGGACACAGACAAGUGUUUAACUUACUUGUAACACGAGGAGCUGGUAAAUCAUUAGUGGAUGAUGGCAGAAACAGCAUCCUCCAUGUGGCCUGUCUUGGAGGACAUGUAGACAUAGUGAAGUAUGUGCUCUUACAGAAGGUUACAGACAUCAACAGUAGGGGGCAGUACGGGCGGACACCCCUGAUGGUGGCAGCAGUGAAGGGACACAGACAAGUGUUUGACUUACUUGUGACACAUGGAGCCGAUGUAACGUUAGUGGAUGAUGGCAGAAACAACAUCCUCCAUGUGGCCUGUCUUGGGGGAUAUGUGGACAUGGUAAAGUAUGUCCUCUCACAGAAGACUGCAGACAUCAACAGUAGGGGGCAGUACGGGGAGACACCCCUGAUGAAGGCAGCAGAGAAGGGACACAGACAAGUGUUUGACUUACUUGUAACACGAGGAGUUGUUGUAUCAUUAGUGGAUGAACUCAGAAACAGCAUCCUCCAUGUGGCCUGUCUUGGAGGACAUGUAGACAUAGUGAAGUAUGUGCUCUCACAGAAGGUUACAGACAUCAACAGUAGGGGGCAGUAUGGGCGGACACCCCUGAUUGUGGCAGCAAUGAAGGGACACAGACAAGUGUUUGACUUACUUGUGACAGAAGGAGCUGAUGUAACAUUAGUGGAUGAUGGCAGAAGCAACAUCCUCCAUGUUGCCUGUCUUGGAGGACAUGUAGACAUGGUGAAGCAUGUCCUCUCACAGAAGGUUACAGACAUCAACAGUAGGGGGCAGUACGGGCGGACACCCCUGAUGGUGGCAGCAGUGAAUGGACACAGACAAGUGUUUGACUUACUUGUGACACAAGGAGCUGAUGUAACGUUAGUGGAUGGUGGCAGAAACAACAUCCUCCAUGUUGCCUGUCUUGGAGGACAUGUGGACAUGGUAAAAUAUGUCCUCUCACAGAAGAUUGCAGAAAUCAACAGUAGGGGGAAGCACGGGAGGACACCCCUGAUGGUGGCAGCAGAGAAGGGACACAGACAAGUGUUUGACUUACUUGUAACACGAGGAGCUGGUGUAUCAUUAGUGGAUCAACUCAGAAACAACAUCCUCCAUGUGGCCUGUCUUGGAGGACAUGUAGACAUGGUGAAGUAUGUGCUCUCACAGAAGGUUACAGACAUCAACAGUAGGGGGCGGUACGGGCGGACACCCGUGAUGGUGGCAGCAGAGAAGGGACACAGACAAGUGUUUGACUUACUUGUGACACAAGGAGCUGAUGUAACAUUAGUGGAUGAUGGCAGAAACAACAUCCUCCAUGUUGCCUGUCUUGGAGGUUAUGUGGACAUGAUAAAGUAUGUCCUCUCACAGAAGACUGUAGACAUCAACAGUAGGGGGGAGUACGGGGAGAUACCCCUGAUGAAGGCAGCAGAGAAGGGACACAGACAAGUGUUUGGCUUACUUGUGACAGAAGGAGCUGAUGUAUACUUAGUGGAUAGUGACGGAGACAACAUCCUCCAUGUGGCCUGUGUUGCAGGACAUGUGGACAUGGUAAAAUAUGUCCUCUCACAGAAGAUUGUAGACAUCAACAGUAGGGGGAAGCACGGAAGGACACCCCUGAUGGUGGCAGCAGUGAAGGGACACAGACAAGUGUUUGACUUACUUGUGACACAAGGAGCUGAUGUAACGUUAGUGGAUGAUGGCAGAAACAACAUCCUCCAUGUGGCCUGUCUUGGGGGAUAUGUGGACAUGGUAAAGUAUGUCCUCUCACAGAAGACUGCAGAAAUCAACAGUAGGGGGCGGUACGGGGAGACACCCCUCAUGAAGGCAGCAGAAAAGGGACACAGACAAGUGUUUGACUUACUUGUAACACGAGGAGCCGGUGUAUCAUUAGUGGAUGAACUCAGAAACAGCAUCCUCCAUGUGGCCUGUCUUGGAGGACAUGUAGACAUAGUGAAGUAUGUCCUCUCACAGAAGACUGCAGACAUCAACAGUAGGGGGCAGUACGGGCGGACACCCCUGAUGGUGGCAGCAGUGAAUGGACACAGACAAGUGUUUGGCUUACUUGUGACACAAGGAGCUGAUGUAACAUUAGUGGAUGAUGGCAGAAGUAACAUCCUCCAUGUUGCCUGUCUUGGAGGACAUGUGGACAUGGUGAAGCAUGUCCUCUCACAGAAGGUUACAGACAUCAACAGUAGGGGGCAGUACGUGCGGACACCCCUGAUGGUGGCAGCAGUGAAUGGACACAGACAAGUGUUUGACUUACUUGUGACACAAGGAGCUGAUGUAACAUUAGUGGAUGAUGGCAGAAACAACAUCCUUCAUGUGGCAUGUCUUGGAGGACAUGUUGACAUGGUAAAAUAUGUCCUCUCACAGAAGGUUGCAGACAUCAACAGUAAGGGGCAGUUGGGGGAGACACCCCUGAUGGUGGCAGCAGAGAAGGGACACAGACAAGUGUUUGACUUACUUGUAACACGAGGAGCUGGUGUAUCAUUAGUGGAUCAACUCAGAAACAACAUCCUCCAUGUGGCCUGUCUUGGAGGACAUGUAGACAUGGUGAAGUAUGUGCUCUCACAGAAGGUUACAGACAUCAACAGUAGGGGGCGGUACGGGCGGACACCCGUGAUGGUGGCAGCAGAGAAAGGACACAGACAAGUGUUUGACUUACUUGUGACACAAGGAGCUGAUGUAUCAUUAGUGGAUGAUGGCAGAAACAACAUCCUCCAUGUUACCUGUCUUGGAGGACAUGUGGACAUGGUGAAGUAUGUCCUCUCACAGAAGAUUGCAGACAUCAACAGUAGGGGGCAGCACGGGAGGACACCCCUGAUGGUGGCAGCAGAGAAUGGACACAGACAAGUGUUUGACUUACUUGUAACACAAGGAGCUGAUAUAUACUUAGUGGAUAGUGACGGAGACAACAACCUUCAUGUGGCCUGUGUUGGAGGACAUGUGGACAUGGUGAAGUAUGUCCUGUCACAGAAGGUUGCAGACAUCAACAGUAGGGGGAAGCACGGGAGGACACCCGUGAUGGUGGCAGCAGAGAAUGGACACAGACAAGUGUUUGACUUACUUGUAACACGAGGAGCUGGUGUAUCAUUAGUGGAUGAACUCAGAAACAGCAUCCUCCAUGUGGCCUGUCUUGGAGGACAUGUAGACAUAGUGAAGUAUGUCCUCUCACAGAAGGUUGCAGACAUCAACAGUAGGGGGCAGUACGGGGAGACACCCCUCAUGAAGGCAGCAGAGAAGGGACACAGACAAGUGUUUGACUUACUUGUAACACGAGGAGCUGGUGUGUCAUUGGUGGAUGAACUCAGAAACAGCAUCCUCCAUGUGGCCUGUCUUGGGGGACAUGUAGACAUAGUGAAGUAUGUCCUCUCACAGAAUGUUGCAGACAUCAACAGUAGGGGGCGGUACGGGCGGACACCCCUGAUGGUGGCAGCAGAGAAUGGACACAGACAAGUGUUUGACUUACUUGUGAGAGAAGGAGCUGAUGUAACAUUAGUGGAUGAUGGCAGAAACAACAUCCUGCAUGUGGCCUGUCUUGGAGGACAUGUAGACGUGGUGAAGUAUGUGCUCUCACAGAAGGUUACAGACAUCAACAGCAGGAGGCAGUACGGGCGGACACCCCUGAUGGUUGCAGCAGUGAAGGGACACAGACAAGUGUUUGACUUACUUGUGACACAAGGAGCUGAUGUAACAUUAGUGGAUGAUGGCAGAAACAACAUCCUCCAUGUUGCCUGUCUUGGAGGACAUGUGGACAUGGUGAAAUAUGUCCUCUCACAGAAGAUUGUAGACAUCAACAGUAGGGGGAAGCACGGGAGGACACCCUUGAUGGUGGCAGCAGAGAAUGGACACAGACAAGUGUUUGACUUACUUGUAACACGAGGAGCUGGUGUAUCAUUAGUGGAUCAACUCAGAAACAACAUCCUCCAUGUGGCCUGUCUUGGAGGACAUGUAGACAUGGCUAAGUAUAUUGUGUCACAGAAAGUUACAGACAUCAACAGCAGGGAGCAGUGCGGGCGGACACCCCUGAUGGUGGCAGCAGAGAAUGGACACAGACAAGUUUUUGACUUACUUGUGACAGAAUCAGCUGAUGUAACAUUAGUGGAUGAUGACGGAGACAACAUCCUUCAUGUGACCUGUGUUGGAGGACAUGUGGACAUGGUAAAGUAUGUCCUCUCACAGAAGAUUGCAGACAUCAACAGUAGGGGGCAGUACGGGGGGACACCCCUGAUGAAGGCAGCAGAGAUGGGACACAGACAAGUGUUUGACUUACUUGUAACACAAGGAGCUGAUGUAACAUUAGGGGAUGAUGACGGAGACAACAUCCUUCAUGUGGCCUGUGUUGGAGGACAUGUAGACAUAGUGAAGUAUGUCCUGUCACAGAAGGUUGCAGACAUCAACAGUAGGGGGAGGUACGGGAGGACACCCCUGAUGGUGGCAGCAGGGUGGAGACACAGACAAGUGUUUGACUUACUUGUGACAGAAGGAGCUGAUGUAGCCUCGGUGGAUGAUGGCGGAGACAACAUCCUUCAUGUGGCCUGUCUUGGAGGACAUGUGGACAUGGUGAAGUAUGUCCUCUCACAGAAGAUUGCAGACAUCAACAGUAGGGGGCAGCACGGGAGGACACCCCUGAUGGUGGCAGCAGAGAAUGGACACAGACAAGUGUUUGACUUACUUGUGACACAAGGAGCUGAUGUAGCCUUAGUGGAUGAUGGCAGAGACAACAUCCUUCAUGUGGCCUGUGUUGGAGGACAUGUGGGCAUGGUGAAGUAUAUCCUUUCACAGAAGGUUGCAGACAUCAACAGUAGGGGCCAGUUUGGGUGGACGCCCCUGAUGGUGGCAGCAGGGUGGAGACACAGACAAGUGUUUGACUUACUUGUGACAGAAGGAGCUGAUGUAUCAUUAGUGGAUGAUAACGGAAGCAACAUCCUUCAUGUGGCCUGUCAUGGAGGACAUGUGGACAUGGUGAAGUAUGUCCUCUCACAGAAGGUUGUAGACAUCAACAGUAGGGGGAAGUACGGGCGGACACCCUUGAUGGUGGCAGCAGAGGAGGGACAAAGACAAGUGUUUGACUUACUUGUCAGAGAAGGAGCUGAUGUAUUAUUAGUUGAUGAUAACAGAAGCAACAUUCUUCAUGUGGCUUCUCUUGGAGGAGAUGCAGACAUGGGGAAGCAUGUCCAAGCAUUGAAUGUGGUGAACAUCGACGACAGAAAUGACCAUGAUGAUAUAGUGUGUGGCCUCAUGGUUGCAACACAGGGUAGCAGUCAUGUCUGACACGGAAGAACAAAUAGUGACAUAGUACUAGUUUGUGUGUGUCUGAUUUCCUGUCAAAGAGAAAAUAUAUUGCAUCGUUCUAUCAUGACGUCAUUUCUGCACAUUCGAACUUACGCUCGCAUCAUAAAUUGGACAACGUUAUUUUUUAAGGAAGUGUCUCGUGCGUUGUUCCCCUUAGAUGCUGUUGGACAACGCAGAUAAACGCUAUGAUCGAAUGAUUGCAUCCAAAUAUGGGCGAGACAUAUAAAGGGACUUAUCAGGCCAGUCCUAUGUCCGUCUGCCUCCGCGUCGGAGAUAAUCGGUGACAACCUGGAUAUGAUAUAACCUGGUAUUGUCAUCUAGCAGUUCAGACUUGUUGCAGAUAUAUCCAGCUAAUGGAACAAUAUUGUUUGGAAAUGUCCAUUGACAAUAAUCAAAUCUGUUCCCAUGUCAUGUGUGAUACCGCCCUACACCAUGCCAACACCAUCCCCAUGCCAAUCAAAUGUCGUGUCAUCCGUGCGAAUGAAUAGUUAUGUAAAGGGUACACGUCUAGUGUCAGAUGUGGAUCUUGCAGUGGAGCGCUAGAACGCCACAGACCACCACUACACCUUAGACCAAGGUUGGGUGCAACUACUUCAUACUUUUUAACAUUCAUGGAUUGUAAAUCCAUGUAGCUUAUUUAACAUUAAACAUUGAAUGUGUGGUACAUACUUGAAUUAUGUUGUUUAGCAUAUUGUAUAUUGCAAAUGUAAAUAUGGAGUAAAAUUGACAAUAAGGGUUUUAAAAAAAAUUAUUUAGCUAUUACUAUUAUUAUUAAUGGUAGCUGUAUGAACAUAUACACCAGUAUGUAUACAGUGUAUUUAGACGAGUUCUAAUUACUUUGAAGUAGUAGUGUUUGAUGUGACUCCCAGCAACAUCUGAACCAUCUGAUCCAGUGACAACUAGAUGUGUAGCUGGGAGAACGUCGCUUGGAGAACGUCUGAAGGGAGGCAGGCAUGACCUACCACACGGUUGCUGUGGUCAGUGUAGAUGUUGCCUUCAAAGUGUUGUAUCAGAGUGUAGUGAGUGAAUGUAGUUUUGAUAGUGUAGUGUUUGUUUCGGUGUUGUUUAUUGCCGCACUCAGCAGUAAUCCAGCUAUAUGACGGCGGUCAGUAAAUAAUCGACUCUGGACCAGACGAUCCAGUGACUGACAUCAUGAGCAUUGAUCUAUUGGGAUAAGAUGACAUGCAUCAACCAAGUCACAGGUCGAGCGUGUAGUGAGUGAAUGCAGUGUUCACUGAUGAACUGUGGUCAUCAAAUAUAAUACAUUGACUGAGGUCAAUUCAACAUUCCCAUUGUUUGUCGUGGAGGACAAUUUUCAAGUGACUAUCUGUUGUCUUUAACAUUCCAAGUGUGUCGUGAAAGACCGGAACUAUAUUUUAUAGUUGGACAAUGCCCUUACACAUGUCAGUUAUCACUAUACGAUUGUGAUGUGAAAUAAGAUGUGAUGUGUUUUAUACCUGAACCUUUGAUAUUGCAUUGUGUGUAUAUGUAAUUGUAGUUGAUUUGCUGUAGUAUAGCACAACGAUGGCUGUUGUACCAACAUUAGUAGUGGUAGCAGUAUUAAUUGUAGUGGACAUAAGUUUAGUUGUUGUGUUGUAGUAGAAGCAGUGGUUGUGGGACAGUGUUACAGUUUACUAGUAGAGUAAGGUAGCAUUAGUAGGAGUAAUUCGU